AAGCGACUUUCACAGGAAGUGCUGUUUCCGUGGCAUUCCGGAGGAAACAAAACAUUUCUUUUAACACUGAACUGAAGUCCAUACAAGACUAACAACUGUUUCCACCAUGGAAGCGAAACCAGCUUUACGUAAACAAAAGAAAUACGACUGGAAGGAUUCCAAUCUGGCCCUGUUUGGCUCCAAACUUGAACACGAAGUCAAAAAGGAAUCAGCGGAACACGAACCAGCCUGGCAGAACGCAGGACAGGAAGUCGGGAGAAAAAUUUGGCGGAUUGUAAAUUUCCAAGUGACUGAUUGGCCUGAAGAGGAUUAUGGGAAAUUUUACGAUGGCGAUUCCUAUAUUGUCCUUGAUACUUACAACAAAUCCGGAAGUGACGCACUCUACCAUGAUAUUCAUUUCUGGAUCGGGAAAUACAGCACUCAGGACGAAUAUGGCACGGCAGCCUACAAGACAGUCGAGUUAGCAACCUAUCUUGGGGGCAGCCCCAUCCAGCACCGAGAGGUCCAGGAACACGAGUCUAAACAGUUCCUCAAGUACUUCGUGGCCAUCACGUACCUAAAGGGCGGUGCCGACAGUGGUUUCCGGACGGUAAAGUCCGAGGAGUACUCACCUCGUCUUCUGCACUUCCAUGGUGACAGACGUGGUGUCACGGUAAAGGAGAUUCCAAGGGAUAAAAAGAAGCUGGAUUCUACCGACGUCCAUAUACUGGAUCUGGGACUAGUUAUUUACCAGUGGAACGGCAAGAAAAGCAACAAAGACGAAAGAGUCAAGAGUCUUAGGUACCUAAAGGGCGGUGCCGACAGUGGUUUCCGGACGGUAAAGUCCGAGGAGUACUCACCUCGUCUUCUGCACUUCCAUGGUGACAGACGCGGUGUCACGGUAAAGGAGAUUCCAAGGGAUAAAAAGAAGCUGGAUUCUACCGACGUCCAUAUACUGGAUCUGGGACUAGUUAUUUACCAGUGGAACGGCAAGAAAAGCAACAAAGACGAAAGAGUCAAGGCAAUGCAGUAUAUAAUAGAUUUAAAGGAAGAGCGCUGUGGGAAGGCAGUCUCUGAAGUACUGGACGAGGAGUCCACGGAACCUGAUCAUAAAUUCUACACAUACCUUGACCAGGUGGCGGAAGACGAUGAUGACCAGUGUUACUAUGCGAAGGACACCACAAAUGAACUCUACAGGUUAUCGGACGAGAGCGGUACGAUGUCCUUCAGUUUGGAGAAGACGGGGUCGGUCACACUCAAGGAUUUUGAUGGAAAGGACGUGUUUAUAUUCGAUACAAAAACGGAAGUGUUCGUCUUCAUCGGGAAGGACACGUCAAUCAACGAAAGCAAAUUCGCGAUGACGUACGCACACACGUACCUGAUGCAAACGGACCACCCGCUCAGCCCUAUCAGCUGUAUCUUAGAGCAAGCCAUCGACGCUGCCUUCAACUUCACUUCCGCCUUGGCGGCCUAGAGGAGUUGGUUCAGUUCAGUAGCAUAAUAACUACAUGUAGUAAUAAACUCUGUUGGAUGGACUCCGUACUGUGAACUUUAACUCAAUAUCAUUACUGAAGUCUAGUAUUGUCAUGUACAUAUCCACAUUUCUCUUCGAGUGACGAUACACUCCAUAUACCGGGUAUGAUUUCUUGUCGAGACAUGAGUUCGAAGAGUUUAUAACACAUUGGGUAGUUAUAUAUAUGUCCGGUUUUCAGAGAGACAACUCUCACGGUAAACAAAUGAAUUAGGAAAACACCUUGCAUUUUUUUUGUUUUCACAGUCAUGAUCGUAAUUAAGAAGACAUUGGAAAUUGUUUUCCCAUCAACUUAUUAUAAUUGUACCGAAAACAAUUGCAUACCGAUUUUAAACUAACAAAAAUCGCAUUCUCGCGAAAUAUUCAAGAUAAAAGAAACGUUUUGAUUAGAAAUUAUUUAGUUAUAUGAAUGAAAACAGACGAUGAUUUGUGAGGAACUAUCAUGGACCAUAUACGUUUAACAGUAAAUCCAGGCUAUAAUCCAUUGGUCUUAAUGGUCAUGGCUAAUUAUAAACCGAGCAGACAUCAGUGGCCCCGGUAGGAACUAUCAUGGACCAUGUACGUUUAACAGUAAAUCCAGACGUAUAAUCCAUUGGUCUUAAUGGUCAUGGCUAAUUACAAACCGAGCAGACAUCAUUGGGCCCCGGUAGAAACUAUUACGUGACGUAUAGAUAUUUGCGUUAAAUUUUAAAGUAUGUACCUUAUACGGACCUAUAGAUUUAACGUCAUGAACGUUGAACCUAACUAGAGUGACAUUUUAUUGUACAUGGCUUAUCUACACGAUCUAACUCAAAUUUCCAAACACUUCUCUUUCUUCGUAUUCGUACGCAUACUACGGCCAGUAUCUAAUACAAGUGUUUUUACUGCAUAUUACAAAUAAAACGAGCAAAUC